UGGUGGGGCGAACGCGCUUCAGCGGCAACGUGCGUGUGUCAAUGUGUGUAAAUCUGUGUGCGCGGAGCUGGAGAGAGAUUGGGGAGGUUCGGGGGCUCGUUGCCAUGGCUCCCUCGAAGCUCCGCCGAAGGAGAUAUUGAUGCCAGUCACGAAGGGACCCUUCUUCUUCUCCUUCCUUUUCUCCUCCUCCUCCUCCUCCUCCCUUUCACCCUCCUCUUUCUUCCUUCCUUCCUUCCUCCUCCUCCUCUUCUCCUCCGUUUGGGGAGGUGGGACGGGUCUCCCUCCGGCUGCCACUCGCCAAAGUCCUGCCUCUUCCACGGGCAGAGCCUCCUCUCGCCUCCACUCCCCGCGGGCAGGCAGGCAGGCGGCAGAGCCACGGCGGGCGCACACACCUCCGGCCCCGAAGCGCUCCCAGCAACAGCCCCCUCCCUGGAGACCCAGAGUGUGCUGUAAGGUCCUGUGAAUUGAAAAUGAAACUGAUUUGAAAGUGCCAUUCUAUCCAGUGGAAGAAAUAGAAGGAAUUGACCUACUGGUUUUGCUCUUGAGGACUGCUUUUAAACUGAAGAAGAAGAAGAAGAAGAAAAUUGCAGGGCACUUUUCAUUCUCUUUGGACUCCCUGUUUACAGAAGAGAGAUGGAGAUGCCAUUAAAUACAAAAGAGAUCGCUGUGUGCAUGCUUCUCUUUGUAUUAAGUUUGGCAGGAGCUAUUGAAAUUCCGCUUUCUGUGCAGCAGCUCCCAACAAUCACAGCUCAAUCGACUGAUGAAGUAGCAUUCCCCUUUGAUGAAGAGUUUACAAUCAAAUGUGAAGCUAAAGGGAACCCACACCCAACAUUUUCCUGGACAAAAGAUGGGAAACCAUUUGACCUACAGCAUGACUCAAGAAUAAUUGCAUCUAGUAAUUCAGGAACAUUUGUUGUUAAAAACCGUGGGAACAUAUCCAAUUUUCAAGGAAAAUAUCGCUGCUAUGCUUCCAAUGAGCUGGGAUCUGCAGUGUCUGAAGAAAUUGCUGUUGUAGUUCCAGGUAUUCCUAAAUUUCCCAAAGAGAAGAUUGGCCCUAUAGAUGUAGAACAUGGUGAUGCAAUGGUCUUGCGCUGUAAUCCUCCCAAAGGAAUUCCACCAUUACGUAUUUAUUGGAUGAAUAUUGCUUUGCAACACAUCCCACAAGAUGAAAGGGUCUCCAUGAGCCUUAAGGGGGAUCUUUUCUUUGCAAAUGUGGAUGAGAAUGACAGCCGGAGUGAUUAUUGCUGCUUUGCCUCAUUUCCAAGACUAAGGACUAUUGUACAGAAAAUGCCAAUGACUCUGACAGUUACACGCUCAAAAUAUACUAAUGAUUCCAGUUCCUCUAGUGCUUCUAAGGCAAAUUUAUUCAAGGAAAGGAAACCAAGACUAGUUAUUCCUGAAACUUCUGACCACCAGUCAAAAGUGACUGUCAUGAAAGGAACUGAUCUGCUUUUGGAAUGCAUUGCUGAAGGACUUCCAACACCACAUCUAAACUGGGCAAGACGCUCAGUUCACAGAGGAAGCAUUGAGAAUUAUGGGAAGCUACUGAAGAUAGAACAAGUCACUGACAAAGAUGAAGGGUUAUAUGAGUGCAUUGCAAGGAAUGCUUUAGGAGAAGCAAGACAUGUGUUCGAAGUUGAUGUUGAAGAGCCACCCACGUGGGUUACAAAACCAGAAAGUGGAGUUUUCAGUAUUGGCGGAAGUUUUGUACGUGUAUGUGAAGCUGUGGGCAAUCCCGAGCCAACUAUCAAGUGGAAAAGGAAUGGUGUUCCUUUGACAGAAACAAAAACCAGCAGGGCUGCUUUUUCAACAAGAGAGAUCAGUAUAACCGAUCUGGUGUUGAAUGACAGUGCAGUGUACCAGUGUGAGGCUACCAACAAGCAUGGUACCAUUCUUGCCACAGCAAAUAUUGAUGUUCUCGAGAUUCCUCCAGAAAUCUUAACUCCAGAUGGUGAAGAAUAUGUUGUGGCUGUGGGUUACCCAAGUCGCCUAUACUGUCACUUUUUUGCAGUACCUCAACCUGAUGUCUCUUGGACUAAAGAUGACAGCAUGAAACGUCUUGAUGCUGAUCUGAAUGGAACCCUGGAGAUUAGAGAAACAAGAAAAGAAGAUGCAGGGUUUUAUACCUGUGUGGUGAAAAAUAUUGCUGGGAGACGUGCUCUCACAGCCACUCUAACUGUCAGAGAUGAUACCAAAAUUUCAGUUGUACCCAAGAAUCCACAAGUUUUGAAAGACCACCCAGUAUUGUUAAGAUGUCAUUCAGAAUAUGAUCCUCAUUUGAAAGAGCACUUUCAGAUUUCUUGGAGGAAGGACGGUGAGGAGCUUGGAAAGAAUGACACUGACGAAGAGAGAAUAAUUAUGGAGGGGGACACAUUGUUUAUACAAAAUGUGGAAUUAGAAGAUCAAGGAGUAUACACAUGUAUAGGCAGUACAUCAUUGGACACUACAGCAGAUGAUUCUCGCAUAACUGUCAUGGAUGUUCCUGAUUCUCCACAAAAUCUCUACAUCUCAGAAAAGCGGAACAGAAGUGUUAGGCUGUCGUGGAGUGCUGGAAGCACCAACAACAGUCCAAUAAAUGAAUCUAUUGUGGAGUUUGAAGAGAAUCGAUGGGAACCAAGAAGGUGGAGAGAAUUAAUCAGGGUCCCGGGGAAUGAUACUACAGCUGUCUUACCACUGGUCCCUUAUGUAAAUUACCAGUUCCGUGUGAUAUCCGUUAAUGCUGUUGGGAGAAGUCAGCCUAGUGAAACAUCAGAACGAUAUGAAACACCUCCAGCUGCUCCAGAUAAGAACCCAGAAAACAUCAGAGUUGAAACUUCCAAACCACAUGAGAUGAAUAUGACUUGGGAGCCAUUAAAACCUAUGGAGCACAAUGGACCUGGGCUGGAAUAUAAAGUGAACUGGCGGCAGCAGGAUGUUGCUGAGUGGGAGGAAGAAACAGUGCAAAAACAUUUCUUGGUGCUUCAGAACACUCCUACUUUUGUACCUUAUGAUAUCAAAGUCCAAGCAAUGAACAACUUGGGGUCUGGCCCUGAACCUGAUGUAAUAACUGGCUACUCAAGUGAAGACAUUCCAGAAGCAGCUCCUUCUGAUGUAAUUGUGCAAGUCAUCAAUAGUACUUUAGCUAAAGCUAUCUGGUCUACAAUUCCAAAGGACAGAGUUCGUGGACACCUCAAAGGCUAUAAGGUCAACUGGUGGAAAAUACGAAGUCGCUUGGGUGAAAAAAGCCAUCGCCUGGACAAACGGACCUUGCUGUUUAAUGCAGAUCGACACGACGGAAUGAUUCCUGGUCUAGAUCCAUUCAGUGAAUACCGUUUAACUGUUUCUGCGUAUAAUUCCAAAGGGACUGGACCAGAAAGCCUCACAUAUGAAUUCCAAACUCCAGAGGGAGUCCCUGAAAAACCACACUUCCUAAAGAUAUUAAAUUUUGAUAAAGAUUCAGUAACAUUGUCAUGGGGACCACCUAAGAAACCAAAUGGUAUCAUCACUGGAUACAUUUUGCAGUACCAGAUGAUUAAUGAAACUGAUGACAUUGGGCCUUUGCGGGAAAUCAAUAUUACCAACCCGUCAACAUUCAGCUUCAGACUUUCCAAUCUGAACAUCAGCACUAAAUAUAAGUUCUAUGCAAGGGCCUGCACACUAGAAGGCUGUGGGAAACCAAUCACAGAGGAAGGGAUAACAAUCGCAGAAGGCAGUAAAGCUGUUGGGAAGAUUUCUGAAGCAGUAAAUCCCACCCCAAAGAUUCAGCCUCUUGAGGCGCUUGAACCUGGAACUGCAUACACAGUUCGACUAGUGACUAAGAACUGGGUUGAUAAUAAUAGCAUUUCUGCAGAUGUAAUUGAGUCAAGGGGGAGAGCUUAUGCUGGAAUUUAUGAAAGAAUCUCGACACAAGGCUGGUUUAUUGGACUGAUGGGUGCAAUUGCUUUGCUGACCUUGUUGUUGCUUACAGUUUGUUUUGUCAAAAGGAAUAAAGGAGGCAAAUAUUCAGUGAAAGAAAAAGAAGACUUACAUCCAGAUCCUGAAGGACAAUCCAUAAAAGAUGAAAUCUUUGGUGAAUAUAGUGACAGUGAUGAAAAACCACUAAAAGGAAGCUUGCGAUCUCUUGACAUGGACAUUAAGACUGCAGAGAGUGCAGAUAGUUUGGUGGAUUAUGGAGAUGGAGACCACAGAAUGUUCAAUGAAGACGGUUCCUUUAUUGGCGCUUACACCGGAUGUAAGGAGAAAGCAUCCGUUGAAAGCAUUGGGAGCUCUACAGCAACCUUUCCUCUCCAUGCAUAAAAUAUUAGCAUGAAUAAUACAUUUCAAGUCACCAUAUUUAUCUUUACUAGUCAUCAAAUAUCAUAUGAGUCAAAAGUAGGCUGCAGAGAAGUUCAAGACCACAGCAUUCAGCCUAUUUAGAAAUAGGGAUCUGACUUCAAAGCUGAUUUGUGAAAUUCUUAUUUAUCAAAACACAGGCAUUGUGAUUUCAUUAAAAUUUGUCUCAGAAUUAAAAUUUGGUAAGACAUAUGCCACUCGGCCUGACCAAAAGCACCACUACUUCAGUGCUAUAUAUACUUGUAUAUAGGGACCUGAAAUCUUCCAUUAUUAGUCCUAUAGAUAUAUGUAGCAGUGACAGCACUCAGGCAACUUACACUGGAAUUAUAGAUAAUGUUUUAGCUUGGUUUUUGGUAAUGGGGCAUUGUUUCCCUACUGUGAUCCUACAACGAAAGUGUGCUAUCAAAUCUUGGAUACAUAGACCAGGAUCCUGCAGAGGUGCUCUCCUAAUAGAAUGGUUUCUCUCAGCAAAACUAUGAAAUGGGCAUUUUCCCCUCCACUUAUUCUCCCAACACACACACAUUGAAAACCCUCCAGUGCAAAUUUCUGGGUAGUGUGGAAGUCUUCUCAGGCAGACUAGGUGAAAAUGUCUUUUUGUCCUAUCAAUUGGCCAAAAAUCUAGCACUAGAUUUCAGCCAUAGGAAAAUGCAGCCAAUACUUUGGGGACUGUUAUCUAAUGAAAUCUAAUCUAGUCUUUCUUUGUGUACAGUGGAGGAUAAAGUGUAAUCUGCACAACAUAUGUAGUUUAUAGGGUUGUUUUGCAGCCCUCACAAAUAAAAUAGAAGUUUUCAAAGAAGUUUUUUAAAAGAAAAAAAUCUGAAAUCCUUUCUAUGGGGUGCGAGAGGCUUUUUUUGCCACUUUUGGCCACAUCUCUCGGGCCAAUUUAAUUCCACAAGAGAACUUUUUCUGAAACAAUAUGUGAACCAGGAGUGACUUCUGCUCACUUUCUGUUGUUUUUCAAAAAGGCUUUUCUUAAACCUAAAAUGGUCCAUUGGGAUCUAAAAACAUACCCCAGAAGGAAUUUUGGGACAAAAUAAUUUUCUUUUUUCUUUUCUUUUUCCUUUCCUUUUGUUUUCUUUUCUUGGAAAUAUACAGUGCAGGGUAUAGCAUGUCAAGAUUUGCUGAGGCUCCAUUACCAAAUGUCUUGUCAGUAAUGGCAAUUGCUAGUGUCCUAACAGUGACCUACAAGUUUCUCAUUAGCCAGAAACUGGUCAGAAACAAUAUGAAGUGCUACACAUUCUGGUAACUAUGUUCUAAAAACUUGUUGGGGACAUUGUUACUCAGGAGACUGAGCUUUGAACAAAAAGUUCCCCUUUCUUGUAUGUUUUGUGCUUCUGUAUAUACAUUUCAAACCACAUUCCCUAAAAAUGUCAUGUAACAUCAUUACAGAAAUCAGGUUCCAGACAGAAAAAGCGGCAUACAUUAUUACUUUAGACAAAUCACAAAAGAACACCCCCAAAAAGAAAAAAAAAGCUUCACACCCUUUUUAUAUUCCCCCAAAACAUCCUGGUUGGUUUUGAAAUCUAUAUUCUGUUUUGAUGGCCAUUGCUGCAAGAUGCAAUUUUUCUAUCUGCCAACAAUGUGAUCACAAAGUGGUUGAAUCUUCUCUCUCUUUUGCCCACUAGCUGGCACUCUUUCUUUAUGAAAUCAGCUGCAAUAACACUCUAUUUGUGGUUGUGGUAAGCACGCAGCUGAUAUAGAGUCCUUGAGUACAAGCAGAAAUAGAUUCUUUUUAAACAAAUUGACAUCACUACCCCAUGUAUAUAUUUAUAUGCCUGCAUACCUUUUGUGAAUUUUUGUACAUAUUAUGUUUAUACAAAUUCUUUCAGGUGAGCCACAUUCCUUUUCUUUUACAGUAAAAUAACAAUUGAUAGAACAGGGCAUUUCAGCUCAGUAGCAAUUGUUGUUUUCUUGUCUCUAUGAUUUUUUAUAUACAUAAGGUUAAUUUUCCAUAUAAAGCACAUGAAGCCUUCCUUGUAUUACUUUAAAAAAAAACCCAACACCACAAGUUAUUCCCAUUCAAAUCCCCAAGCAUGAAUAUUUUGAAAUUCUUUUGAGUCUCAGCUUGAUUUCUGCUGAAUCAAAGCAAAUGCCAUUACCAAAAGGGCCUAUAAAUGACUUUUUAUUCCAGCAGAAUUCUGUCUUUGGUGUGUAAAACAACUGUCUCCUGAAGCUAUAUUCAUUGAGUGAUACACAAAAGUCAUCAUGCUAAUUGCAGUGAUAAUGGAACUGUUGCAUGAAAAACAAUCCUGGGGUAACCUCAGUAUUCUAUGUGAACCCAUUUUUAUUUGCUAUUCAGACUUAUUUCAUAGUAUUUGAUAGACAAAUAUCAACAAAUCUGACAUAUGCAUUCUUAUUCUGAGCAUGUACAAAUAAAUCUUAAUACUACUCUGGUUCUCUUUUAAUGUUAUUAUGAAUACAGUUGAGCCAAACCAUGAUCCUGAGCUAGUCCCAAACAUUUCAGCUGGGGAUUAGACCUACAAACCUAAAUUGUCACUCCCGACUAUAAGAGACUCAGCGAAUCAAUUGAAUUCAGAUAUGUUAACUUACUUACUUUCAAUGGCUUUACUCUAUUCAGGACUAACAAUUGGAAUUAAUUCUAGACAUCUUUAAAGCUUACGUUAAAAAGGAUCCCUAGACAUAAGAGUCCUAAUUAUUUCAGAGACACAGUCAGUGUAUUUUUGGCUAGGGUUUAUUAAGGAGGUAUUUUAUUAAGGUUUUCAGGUUUGUCUAUCCUGGCACAGAAUGGAGGAAUAUGUUUCAACUCAGCAGUGCUAGUAUACAAAGCUGCUAAAAUUUUAACUUGAUGCAGAGAUGCAGCAGUUCAUAUUUUCCUUGUGUAUAUUCAAUAUCUGAGCCAGCAUAACAUGUGCCUUCUCUAAAGUAGCUUAAGAACUCAUUUGAUACAAAUCAUGGCAUAAACUAGCUUCCAUUUGUAAGACUAUAUGGUAGAAUGUAUGGGAAACCAACUAGCUUUUUAGUUACACCACAGAAGAUAUUUGAUACCUGAGUGGAAAAACACUUAACAAGAUACACAGCAUGUGGGACACAUGUGAAAUUGGCAAUUAUAGUACCCAUAUUCUUGCAUGGGUGCACUGCCAUGCCCUUGCUUACCUGUCUUCAGCAUCUGGAUAGUACUGAGAGCAAGAGGUAGCCAUCUUGAGUACCAUUAUUUUGACAGAAAGCUAGGAUAUAAAUUUAAUAAGCAAACAAAGGAGGAGUA